AUUCAAUUCAAAUCAAAUACCGUAAAUGCAUCAAUAGAUGAGAAUGAGAUGGCGUGUUGAAAUCAUCGUUAAUCAUUAGCUAAAGUGAUGAUAAUUGAUAAUCAUCAUCGUCUUCGUCUUCGUCUUCACUCAAAUCGCUGAUUCGAUAUUUAUUUAACGCUACGCGAGCAUCUCCUCUCCCUCUCUAUCUCUCUCUCUCACACACAAACACACACGCGCGCCAGCUCAAACAGCCGCUGGAUUGGAAAAUUUUGAUUGCAUUUUGUGAGGAUGGGUGCAACGUGCUGGCCUCAUGAGCCGGAGUUGAAUUCAAUCAGAAGAAAGGUUGCUGCAAUGUCUGGAUGUGAUGCCAAGGAGGUCAGAAUUGUUGUAUCCCCAUAUAGGAUUUGUCCACUGGGAGCUCAUAUUGACCAUCAGGGUGGGACUGUUUCAGCAAUGACAAUCGAUAAGGGUAUAAUUCUUGGAUUUGUUCCGUCCAGUGAUUGUCAGGUUCUUCUACAAUCUGGACAAUUUAAAGGUGAAGUUAAGUUCAGGGUGGAUGAAGAGCAACUGCCUGGAAAUGCUUCCAAAUCAAAUAAUUCAGGUGGUGUAAAAAAUUCGUCUGUUGCACUGGAAGAGUGUGGCUGGGGAAAUUAUGCCAGAGGAGCAAUUUAUGCAUUACAGAAAAGAGGGAACCAUCUAAAGCAGGGCAUUGUGGGAUUCAUCCGUGGCGACGAGGGGCUAGACAGUUCAGGGCUUAGCUCUUCAGCAGCUGUUGGUGUGGCGUAUCUGUUGGCUUUUGAAAGUGCCAAUAACCUUAAAAUAUCUCCGACAGAGAACAUUGAAUAUGACAGGUUAAUUGAAAAUGAAUAUUUAGGUCUGAGAAAUGGCAUAUUGGAUCAAUCAGCCAUAUUGCUUUCAAGCUAUGGCUGUUUAACUUGUAUGGACUGUAAGUCACAAGCUUUCGUUGAAAUUGCUCUUCCUGUGCAGACCAAAGAGCACAGACUUAUAAGCUCUCCAGACUUGAAUAGAAAUCUUAAUGUGAUAAAGAAGCAGUUCAAGAUACUACUCGCAUUUUCAGGCUUGAAGCAGGCUUUGACAACAAAUCCCGGUUAUAAUUCUCGAGUUGCAGAAUGUCGGGAUGCUGCAAGAAUUCUGCUUCAGGCUUCUGGGAUUGAAGGGUUGGAACCCAUCCUAUCUAAUGUUGAACCGGAAGUCUACGAGGAGCACAAGAGCAAACUAGAUGCCACUCUUCUGAGAAGAGCAGAGCACUAUUUCUCCGAGAACAAGCGAGUUUUAAAAGGUCUCGAGGCUUGGGCUUCUGGAAACCUAGAGGAUUUUGGGAAGCUGAUUUCGGCAUCCGGUUUGAGUUCUAUCCAAAAUUACGAAAGUGGUUGCGAGCCUCUUAUCCAACUCUACGAGAUCCUAGUGAAAGCACCAGGUGUUUUUGGAGCGCGUUUCAGCGGUGCAGGGUUCCGUGGAUGCUGCAUUGCAUUUGUAGACGCUGACCGUGCUUUGGAGGCUGCCUCGUUUACCAGGAAAGAGUACACUAAGGUUCAACCUAAGCUGGCGAGCCAGAUCGAUCAAGAUAAGAUGGUCUUGAUAUGCGAUGCAGGUGAUUGUGCUUGCGUCAUAUGAUCUCAACAAAUCAGUUAUACAAAAUACAAAGCUUAGUUUUAAACGCAAUCCAUAUUUCAUUCAUUUGAGCCCUGCAAUAAUGCUCAAAGUUGUAGCAGCUUCAACAUUGAGAAGUGUAGUACUACACUAGUGGACUGGAAAUUCAAUAUAUAUAACCCAGAAAUGUACUCCACAUACAUAUGUAUUUUCUCGUCGAGUACUCGACGAUCCUAUGUAUGUAUUUUCUCGUCGAGUACUCGACGAUCCUACUCGACAUUCGAAAUACACUAUAAUUUUUGGAAAUGAUUUUCCAUAUUGUCCUGUA